AUUCGACUCACGCACGCUCUGUCGCUCUCGGCCUCUCUCUGCUCUCCAGCCUCUCCUCUCCAUCGAACUGUUCAUGAAAACUUUGCUGUCAUAUCUUUCUUGGUUAUGAGGCGUGAGGUUCUUUCUUCUGACUGUUAAAAAAAAAACACAUAUAAAUAAACUUUCCCCGCUUUUCUUUAACAAACAAAAAGAGCUUCCAUGGAGAAGGGAGAUAUCCCUGAGAAUGCCAAUGACCAUUGCCCAGGUUCUCAAUCUGACUCUGCUGGAAAAUCUGAUGGAUGCCAAGGAUGCCCAAAUCAGCAAACUUGUGCCACUGGUGCCCCCAAAGGACCUGACCCUGAUCUGGCUGCUAUAAAAGAAAGUAUGGCUACUGUGAAACAUAAGAUAUUGGUCUUAUCAGGAAAGGGAGGAGUUGGCAAGAGCACUUUUUCUGCCCAGUUAGCAUUUGCUUUAGCGGCAAAGGACUUUGAAGUGGGUCUUCUUGACAUAGACAUUUGUGGUCCAAGCAUCCCAAAGAUGCUUGGCCUAGAAGGUCAUGAGCUACACCGGAGCAACUUUGGGUGUGAUCCUGUCUAUGUGCAGCCCAACCUUGGUGUCAUGUCAAUUGGGUUUGUGAAUUCUGAUCCUGAUGAUCCUAUUAUAUUAAGAGGUCCACGCAAAAGUUGGCUUAUCACUGAGUUUUUAAAAGAUGUCUAUUGGAAUGAACUUGACUUUCUAAUUGUUGAUGCUCCACCUGGAACCUCAGAUGAACAAAUUUCAAUUGUUAAGCUCCUUGGUGCCACUGGAUUAGAUGGUGCAAUCAUAGUUACUACACCUCAGCAAGUCUCCCUUACUGAUGUGAGAAAAGGAGUGAAUUUUUGCAAGCAAGCUGGAGUGAAAGUUCUUGGGGUUGUGGAGAAUAUGAGCGGGUUGUGCCAGCCCGUGAUGGAUUUCAAGUUUUUGAACUUGGCAGAUAACGGUGAGCAGAAAGAUGUUACAGAGUGGUUUUUGAAAUUCAUGAGAGAAAAAGCACCUGAAAUGGUGAAUAUGAUUGCAUGCACUGAAGUAUUUGAUAGUAGUGGCUGUGGAGCAGUGAAGAUGUGCAAGGAAAUGAUGAUACCAUUCCUCGGUAAGGUUCCUUUAGAUCCCAAGCUUUGUAAGGCAGCUGAAGAAGGUAGAUCCUGCUUUGAUGAUAAGGAUUGUGUUGCGAGUGCUUUUGCAUUAAAGAAUAUUAUAGACAAGUUGAUGGAAACAGUUAAAAGUGUGCCAUAGGAAUAGGAUGCUUCAGAACUAUUUUUAAUUUAUUUUUAACUAGUCAAAUUUAGAUUCUGCCACUAGCCAUUAGUGGAUAGGUUAGUUUCUAAUCUAAAUUUUCAAUUAUCAGUAGCGGUUUCUAGAAUUAAGGAGCAGGUAUCUAUUGAUGUAUUUAAAGUAGUGAUUGCAUUCAAUAAAACUCAUCUGUAUAGGCCUUUUCUUAUUCUAUCAUUGUUCUCAUUAUUUGAAAUUCUAUUCUCAUUUUCAUGCAGAGUCA